AGUACGUAGUUACAGCAGUAGCCCCACGGAGAUCGGGGGCGAGACAGGCCGAGGUUCCACCCUUGUGCCUGGGUGUCGCAGAGGUGGCAUCUCGACGGACGACGGUGGAGGUCAUUGACCUUUGAUAAAACUUUAAUCACCUUCGUCGUUGGAUAUAUGGGACAUCUCGCCCCUCAAUUCCUCAUUCCUUUUGCUCAUUUCGCCCUUUCUCGACGCGUUCAGCCGAUUGCCAAUUGAUUGAAGUAUUCAGAGCAUCGCAUCACCACCCCAUACCCCCACGAGACGUCGAUCUUCUACUCCAUUUACGCCACCGUAUACUUACAUCAUACACCAUGGACGCCUCCCCCGGCGCGAUGCUCCGGAUGCUGGUGCCGAAAGUGCCAUUAAUCCUCAAGACCACUGUCGCCCAUUCCGUCGGCCUAUCCGAAACCGCCUCGAAAUGGGACCUGAAAACCGAGCUCACCAUUAAGGUGAUCCGCUCGUUCCUCAACACGAAGCACCCCACCCCGAUCUCCAAAGCGCAGAAGGGCUCCCUCCGCGACCCUGGCGUCAAGGGUCGCAUGUGGGUGAGCCGCGUCGAGCUACCCGCGCCUGCCGAGGACGACAUCCGCGAGGUACUGUUCAAGGCGAUCGACGACCUGAAUGUCGGGGGCGAGGCGUAUUACCAGCGACCCGAUGCCCGGUCCGUCACCGCUGAAUGGACGGGAUACCGCGCCAAUGUCGGCAAGGAGGAGCCGGAGCCGGAGAUCUCGGAGCCGGAGAAGUACGCGAACCUCAUGAAGGAGAACGGCAGCACGCCCACCAUUCUCUAUUUCCACGGCGGCGCGUACUACCUCAUGGAUCCCGCGACCCACCGGCCCUCCACCUCCCAACUCGCCCACCUCAGCGGCGGCCGUGUCCUCUCCGUCCGCUACCGCCUCGCGCCGAAGCACCCGUUCCCCGCCGCGCUCCUCGACGCGCUCCUCGCCUACCUCUCCCUCCUCUACCCGCCCCCCGACGCCCUCCACGCUCCCGUCCCCGCCUCUUCCAUUAUCUUCGCCGGCGACUCCGCCGGCGGAAACCUCUCUUUCGCGCUCCUCGGCCUCCUCCUGCACCUCAACCGCAGCGGCGCCGCCACGCUAAAUUUCCACGGGCAGCAAGUCUCCCUCCCCCUCCCCGCCGGCGUCGCCACCAACUCUCCCUGGCUCGACGUCACCCGCAGCAUGCCCUCCAUCGCCACGAACCUUAAAUAUGACUACCUCCCCCCACGCGUCCCCGUCGCGAACAUGGCGCCCAUCCCCCCCUGCGAUUUGUGGCCUGCCACGCCGCCCCGCGCCGACCUGUUCUGCCACGCCGCCAUGCUCUCCCACCCGCUCGUGUCCCCGCUCGCCGCCCCCUCGGAAUUCUGGACCGGAGCGCCCCCGCUGUUCUUCACCCUCGGUGAGGAGAUGCUGGAGGAUGAGGGUCGGGUGGUGGCGCGCCGCGCAGCGAAAGCCGGGGUGACGGUGGUGUGGGUGGAGUUCGAGGCGAUGCCGCACUGCUUCGGAAUGCUGUUCGCGGGGACGCCGGGGUCGCGGCGGUGUUUCGAGGAGUGGGGGCGGUUCUGCAAGGCGGUGGGGAACGGGGAGGCGGUGGUGACGAAAGGGACGUUUCUGCGGGCGAAGACGUUGGCGGCGGAGGAAGUGGAGGUGGCGACGAUGCGGGCUGUCGAGGAUGCGGAGGUGGCGCGGUUGAUGGAGGAAGUGAGGCAGGAGCAGGUUAGACAUGAGGCCACGCAGAUGAAGGAAGUUGCGAAGCUAUAGGUGUCAAUAAUCGAGCGAAUGUAAUAACUUUUGGAGCAACACCGAUCAAAUGCUUGUGUGUGGGGUGGAGGAAUCGUAAAUUAGAUGCUCUCCGCACCCGUCAACCGUGUAUACGCCUCCAUAUACCCCUGAUACGUCCGCUCCGCCACCUCCGCCGGCAUCGUCACCCCCUCUUUCCCCUUAAGUCCGUUCGCGAUCAGCCAGUCCCUCAGGAACUGCUUAUCGAGGCUCUCCUGCGGC